AUGGAGUUGAGUGGUCUUGCCAAGGGGCAGUUCCUGAGUGUCAACAUGGCGUUUGGGUUUGCAGUAACUGCUGGGGCCUACAUCUGUGCUGGAGUGUCAGGUGCUCACCUCAACCCAGCUGUAUCUCUUUCCAUGUACCUCCUCCAGAGGAUGACUUGUAGGAUGAUGCUGGUCUACUUCUUGGCCCAGUUUGUUGGAUGUUUUACUGGGGCUGCUCUGGUCUUUGCUCUUUACUUUGAUGCUCUUCAUGUGUACAGCGGAGGUAAUUGGACAGUGUCUGGAACCCAAGCAACAGCUGGGAUAUUUGCAUCGUACCCAUCGGAACACCUGAGUGCUUUUAAUGGACUCUCAGAUCAGGUGAUUGCCACUGCUGCCUUGAUGGUCUGUAUACUGGCAGUAAUAGAUGACGCCAACAAUGCUGCUCCUCGAGGUCUCCAGCCAUUUGUGAUUGGUCUUGUGGUUCUUCUGGUUGGUCUAUCAAUGGGCUUCAAUUGUGGGUACCCAAUAAAUCCUGCCAGAGACUUGGCACCUCGUAUCUUCACUGCAAUGGCUGGCUGGGGACUGGAAGUUUUCAGGGCUGGUGGCCACUGGUGGUGGGUGCCAGUACUGGGACCAAUGAUAGGGGGAGUGGUGGGGACCAUGAUAUAUGAACUGAUGAUUGGAAUUCACCACCCUGCUCUCCACAAGGACAAACCUGAAGAGGAUGGUGAGGAGAACCACACGCGACAGUACGAGUUGGUUCAGUCUAAUGCUUAA